AUGCAGCGAGCAGGUGCCCAGAGAUCCUGUCCCCAGAGGCCACGUGGAGGCUGCGAGACGCUGUCCUUGCGCAACGAGCCGCAAUGUGGGAGCUGCCAGCGCCUGCCAGACUCCAGCCCCCCGACGCGCCUCCUGACCCCCCGUCCAUGCUGCGGCCCUGGCUUCGAGCAGCAGCCGCAGCGGCACCCGGUGCUGGGCGAAGCCCCGCGCUUCCACGCGCAGGCCAAGGGCAAGAACGUGCGCCUGGACGGCCACUCGCGGCGAGCCACGCGGCGCAACAGCUUCUGCAACGGGGUGACGUUCACGCAGCGGCCGAUCCGGCUGUACGAGCAGGUGCGGCUGCGCCUGGUGGCCGUGCGGCCCGGCUGGAGCGGCGCGCUGCGCUUCGGCUUCACGGCGCACGACCCCUCGCUCAUGAGCGCGCAGGACAUCCCCAAGUACGCCUGCCCGGACCUGGUCACCCGGCCCGGCUACUGGGCCAAGGCGCUGCCCGAGAGCCUGGCGCUGCGCGACACGGUGCUGGCCUACUGGGCCGACCGGCACGGCCGCGUCUUCUACCGCGUCAACGACGGCGAGCCGGUGCUCUUCCACUGCGGCGUGGCCGUGGGCGGCCCGCUCUGGGCGCUCAUCGACGUCUACGGCAUCACCGACGAGGUGCAGCUGCUCGGUACGCUGCAGUCCAGUCCCGCUACCACGACUCCAUCCGGAUCCCUCAGCGGCUCCCAGGACGAUAGCGAUUCCGACAUGACCUUCAGUGUCAAUCAGUCGUCCUCUGAGUCAGAGUCAUCCCUGGGUAAGGAAAAGGGGACCGCAGCAAGGGCUCGGGGACCUGGGAAAACACUGCCAAUAGUAACCCGAGGAUGCCACACGAUGGUGUGCCUGCAGGACCGGUUUCUAGACACUGGGGGCCUGUACCUGUGUGGAAGGUUCUCCACGCCCCGUGGAGGGACCAAGUGA